AAUCAGCUUUCAGAUGAUAUGCUUUUGUUUGUCCACUUGUUAUUCAGGUGAGACCUGGUUUGUUCCUAUUCAUUUCUCUGUUGUCUUUGAUCAAACUCUUUAUUUAUUCCAAUAUCCACCAGAUCUAAACCUCAAACAGAAAAAACCCUGCUUAUUAAAAGAAUUUCAUAACCCCCAAAACCUUCUUUGAUUAUUAUCACAGGACCCCAUCUCUAUCCCUUUCUUUAUCAUCUUUCCCAUGCAUGAGUUCAAUCAAUUGACCACCUUUGCCUUUGCCAAAGGAAACUGAAAAAGGAAAGAAAAUAAGAACCCUAGAAACAAACAAGCUCACCGUAUCAAUUUUCUUCUUCUGAUUUCCAUGAUGUCUAAUGAUAAUCCCGGUGUAAAACCGGCUACCAAGGAAGAAAACCAAAGCAGUGGCAACAAGAAAACCGGUUCAACAAGGCAGCCACAAGACCAGCAAGCGGCGCUAAAGUGUCCACGGUGCGACUCUCCCAACACCAAAUUCUGCUACUACAACAACUACAGCCUCAGCCAACCCAGGCAUUUUUGCAAGACCUGUAGGAGGUACUGGACCAAAGGUGGGGCUCUGCGUAACGUGCCGAUAGGCGGUGGUUGCCGCAAGAACAAGAAGCUAAAAUCGUCUUCCAGGCUCUCUGGUGACUCAAAGGACUCGUCUUCAGAGAUGGGUGGAUUGAAAUUCUUUCGUGGCCUUACUCCUGCCAUGGAUUUUCGGCUCGGUGGGUUGUCGUUUCCUAAGCUUAAUCCCUCACCGCUUGUUGGUAUUUACAACCAGUUUGUUUCAUUUGGAGAUACUACUAGUAGCCCUUCUUUCAGCCUCGAUCCAGCUGCAGGUAGCUCUACCUCUUUUAUGGGUUUUAACAAUUAUCCAUUGUCUCCGCUUACCAGUGGCCUCAGUGGCGCAAUUCAGGAGAUGGGUUCGUUGAAUGUUAGUAGUGGACUUGCUUCUUCAAUUGAGUCUUUAAGUUCCAUAAACCAAGAUUUACAUUGGAAGUUACAGCAACAAAGAUUGGCUAUGCUUUUCGGUGGAGAGAACCAAAAGGAAAACAACACCAAUGUUUCUUCAGUUCCAGUUGAGAUGAGCCAAGCACUAAGGAUUCAACCCAUUUUGUUCCAGAAUCUGGAGAUCUCGAAGCCUGAAAUACCAGCAGCCGGGAAUCAAAGGAAAGGCACCAGCAAUGAAACCGCCACGGAAUGGUUCUUUGGGAAUUCUUACGCACCAGUAACUCCCACUCCAACCACUAGCAGCAACGGCAAUGAUAACACCACAACAAGCAACUGGAAUGGAAUUCAAGCAUGGAAUGAUUUGUAUCAUUACAGCACGUUGCCCUAAAAAGGUAUAUAUGGGAAAAGAGA